CAAAAACUUCGAAAAAAGUUCCUCCGCCGAGAGUUCACCUCUCCCAGUCGCAGAUAUCGCUUUUCCACAUCAACACUCAAUAUGUAUCUCCUCCGCCGUAGCGCAGCUCGCGCUCUGAGCGCUACCCCCUUGAAGACUCCGUUCGUCAAGCCGCGCUCCAUCACCACAUACACCCCAGCCUUCCAGGCACCACAGCAACGAAGGAUCCCGUCGAAAUUCCAGAGGCGAUUUGCCAGCGACGAGGCAGCGAAGUCGGAGAGCGCCGAAUCUGCUGCGGUGGCAGCUGAGGAGCUUGCACAGACAAAGCCAGAGGCACCAGUCGAGGAGAACCUGACUCGGGCGCAGCAGAAUACUCAACAAGAACCUACCGAUGCGUUGUCGAGCGUUUCGGACGUUAGUAGCGAAGGAAGACUUCGACGGAGUCGGCUCUCGCUUAAUGAGCCUAACACUAUGGUCUAUGUCGGCAAUCUUUUCUAUGAAGUGGGUGAAGAACAGUUGAGGCGGAUAUUCUCGCGGUUUGGCAACCUUAAGAGUGUCAGAAUUGUCCGUGACUUCCGGCACAUGAGCAGAGGCUUUGGAUAUGUCGAAUACGAAACCAUAGAGGACGCCCGCGCCGCCAUCGACAACCUCGACAUGCAAAUCUUCGAAGGACGCAACCUCGUUGUCCAAUUCCACAAGCCGAAAUUAAACAAGCGCCCCGGACGCGAACCUUUGUCCGCCAGCCAGCCUACCAGCACCCUUUUCAUCGGCAACAUUGCCUACGAGAUGUCCGACAAGGAUCUCAACGACUUGUUCCGUGAUAUUCGCAAUGUCACCGACGUCCGUGUCGCCGUCGAUAGGCGGACAGGCCAACCCCGUGGCUUUGCCCACGCCGACUUUGUUGAUCGGGCUAGUGCGCAGAAGGCGUACGAUCAACUGCAGGGAAAGGUCUAUUAUGGCCGUCGCCUGAAGAUCGACUUCAGCGACAGCCCCAAAAACAAGAAGCCCGCGGACGGGAAGGAGGGGAGCGUUACCGAACCGGAGGACCCUUUCAAGACUGAGGACGCUCCCAAGACUGAAGAGUCUACGCAAAAGGAAUAGACUAGGUUGACAUUAAGCAUUGACAUGACAUAGCUUGGGGCGUAUCAGGGGCGAUAUAUGUCGGCAGCGUUCUCUUAUCUGGCUCCUUCUCACUUGUAUUUUCAUACUGUCUUAAUAGGUAGGAUCAUGCCGGGCUGGUUGUUGAGAUAGAAGAGGAUCUAGGCGUUUAAGUCUUGCGGUCGUGCCGUCGAUGGUGUGAAGAAAUCUUAUCGGGGUUGUACGAUAUGGCCAUUUGGAUCUGGAAAUUGUACAAUACAUUCUUGGGAAGAUUAUUUGCACCGUGAUUGAAGAGACGGCGUAAAGAUUAUUCAUCAACGUUGGGUCGAAUUAAACAUAUAUUGGU